AUUCUUGUUUCAUAUAUUUUUCCGUAUAUUUUCAAAUGAAGCACUAAUUACAUAAUAAACAAAUCUAAACAUUUUUGCGUUCUACUGCCACCAAAAGUGUAUAUACGUGUUACAGUGAUGACAUAAAUGUCUAUUUUGGUCGCCGAGUUAUCUAGGGCGAAUUGUGAUCAAAGGUUAAGGUUUUAUUAUGAAUUAACAGCGAGUGCGGUGUAGGCUGACCCACCUGCGUCUCUCGGUGCUUGAUAUGGACGAAUUAAAGCACAGGGCUGGGGAGAAAUUCGAAGCUUUGCACGAAGCAGCUAAAAUAGCAGCAGGCGAUAGCAAGUCCAGAGUGCAGGAUGUCUUUAAUCACACCGCCGAGACCAUUAGAAAGAUCCGCGAGGCGUUCAGCGAGCUGUGGCACAACGAGCUGAUAACGGAGGGCCGCGCGCGCGUGGUCGCCUGGUCGCGCGACGCGCUGCAGCGGCUGCGGGACGGCGCGCCGCCGCUGUCGCCGCUCGUGCUCUACGACGAGCUGGUCGCGCUCUUCAAGGACAGAAUGUGGCGGCGCAGCGUGGCCAUCUUCCUGGCGGGCGCGGUGCUGGGCGGCGGCGCGGGGCUGUGCGCGGGACUACGGGCGGCGCGGCCGGCGGCGGGCCCGCAGGCGCGCGCGCUGCACUCGCAGCCCGACCGCAGCGUGCUGCUCGUCGAGGACGCGCCCGCGCGAUGCGCGGGCGCCGGCGAGGUGCUGGUACGCGUGCAGGCGUUCAGCGUGUGCAGCGUGGACCGCGCCGUGCUGCGCGGCCGCGGCGCGGCACUGCGGGCGCUGCUGUCGCGGCCCGCCGUCACCGUCGGCCGCGGCUUCGCGGGUGUGGUGUUGGACGUGGGUCCGGGCGUGACGUCGCUGGAGCUGGGCGACGAGGUGUGGGGCUGCGUCAGCGAGUGGUCCGGCGGCGCCGCCACUGAGCUGCUCACUAUACGCAGCGUGGCGGUGUGCGGCGCUGCAAGUGGCGAGGGCUGCGCUUUAGUGCAGCUGCUGGCGGCGUGGGGCGCGCGCCCCGCCGCCGCCGGCCCCGCCGCCCACGCCCUGCUCGGCCUCGGCGCGGCGGAAGUCCUGGAGCUGGACGGGUGCAGCGGAGGAGGCGGCGGCGGCGCGUGGUGGCGGCGGCUGGCGCGGGCGGCGGCGCGCACGGGCCCCUGGGACGCGGCCGUGGCGUGCCCCGGCGCCGACGGCGCUGACGCGGGGCCUGACGCCGCCGUCAGCGCCGACCCCAGCGCUAUACUCAAGGCGACAGCGCCGCGCGAUGCUAUCGUGGACCUGCGACCGCAGCCGCUGCUGUCGGACCGGCUGCCGGCGCCGUUCUCGCUUCUGUUCGCGAUCUCCUUCCACACCUACAGGCUGCUCAGGUGGAUGGUCGGUCUGGGCACGCACACGGACUGGCUCGAGGACCCGCUGCAGCUGCGCGAGGGACUCGACGAGCUCGCACAGCUGGUCGACAGUGGCGCCCUCUCGCCGCUCGUCGAUAAGGUGUUCCUGCCGGUGGAGUACGAAACAGCGCUGGCGCACGCGUGCAGCGACGCAGCCAUCGGCACCAGCGUCGUCCGCUUUCCCUAGUAGCUACCACCACCACCACUAAUACCACCACCAUCACAAAUAGUUCCUGCAUUUGUAUCGUCUAUACCUGUUUCUAUGUCUAUUUGGAACACUUUACUACUGUAACCGUUUUAUAUACAUAGAUUUAUAUCGUCUAGAUAGAGUGUCGAUAACGUUUCGCCAACACAAACGCACGAUAAUUAAAAAGUGUACCUUACACGCGCAUCUCGCCAGAAGGACGAUUCUGGGCGUCACUUCUCUAAAUUUACCUCUUAGCCUAAUAAUGUGAUAUUUUCACUAAAUUACUUAAUUUUUUUUAAUGGAUGAUAAUGGAAUGAUGACCCCGCCUGUGCUAUCGGUAUACACCGGCGGGGCACCAGUGAGGGAUGAUUGGUGAGGAUGAAUAGUCAGUUAGUCCAUCGUGACGAAUUCAACGAUAAAUUAGUUACGAUGGUUUCCAGGGGGAACCGCGUGGAGGUCGACCUGGUAGGGUAUGUUGAUAGCAAUGAGGACUAAGCUUCCGAUUACCAACAAUCCCUUCCCCCCAAAUUACUGUAUUAUGGACCGUCAUAAACUAAAUUUAUAACAAUUUUUACUUAAACCUAUUUGAAAUUUAUUUAUAUUUGUUCUUACAAUAAAGAUUACGUUAAAUGUUUCGUUAAAUAUUUUUUUUUAUCUCAAAGGGUCUUAUACUUUCAGAUUGGUCCAAUAAAAAAUUGUACAAAAUUGCUUUAGUAUAUUCAGUUUUCAAAUCAAAUUUUUAAUUUAAAAUAUUUGAUUGUGCCACGAUCGAAGACGGUUUUUAUUUUUAAAUUAUGGUUUAAAUUGUGAUUUUUAAUUACGGUUUUUAUGAAGUUUUAUUAGUAGAAUUACUUGUAACACUCAAUAUAUAUUUUAUAAUAAUAAUAAUAAUAAUAUUUAUUUAAUUAGACUACAUAAGGCCCAUCUUGUUAGUUACAAAUUGACUUAACCUAUGUUAGUAAAUGAGCGGUCACAACGCUCUUACAUUGAUAACCUGUCCCACCCAAUAUUUUAGGAUGGAACAAUCCAUUUUAUAAGCAAUUGUCUUCAGGACACUGUUUGAGCUAACACGCACCCUAGCCAACAGCGAAACAAUUCGUUUGCGCCGUAUUGCGUAAAAAUCUAAAUAAAUUUUAUAUAUACAAUGAAGAAUAUACAAUGGCCAAACUGGUGGUCGAACUUCUUAUGAAACUCGACACUCGAUCUAGAUUUAGACACUGUAUAUGGCGUAAACACUGGAAAAUAACUUAAUAAUUAUUUUAAUACCAUAUUACGACUUGCUGUAACAACUUUACGUUACGAAGCGUCUAUUGCGCAAAACUCCAUUUGUCUCUAUUGUCUACAGAUUGGUUCUAGCCUAUGGGCGGGAAUUGUAUAUACAUAUAUGUUUUAUAUAGAAAGGAUAGAUACGCCAAACAAUUCAGUGGGUAAUUGGCACGAAUCUGGUAUUUUUAAUACCUUACCAUCCACCUUUGGGCAAUUAAAAAGCCAUUUUAUUAAUGUCUAAUUAUUGUAAAUUAAAAGUACCCGUAACCGGCGAGCGUGUAUGUAAAGAUUGAUGAGUGUGGAAGAAGCGAAAGAGGUUUGUUUGAAUCGAAGCAUUUGGCGUUCCAUUGUUUCUGCCUACCCUAAUGGGAGACAGGCGUGACAGAUAUGUAUGUAUGUAUGUAAAUUCCCUAUUCUAAUCCUAUAUCUGACAAUCAUUAUCAUAUCAGCCCUGUCCACUGCUGAACAUAAGCCUUCCCCUUGGGAGGUUUUGCCAGUAGUUGCCACGCUUGGCAAGCGGAUUGGCAACCGCAGUUAGUCUUUGGAGAUGUUUUAAGAGAGACGCUGCUGCCCAUCCCUCGCCUUCCCUUAGUUGUCUCUUACGACACCCGUGGGAAAGGAAGGUGUGGCCUAUUCUAUGCCAGGAUCAUAUGACCCGUAUCUGACAAUAAAAUACAGUAAUUGUUCUUUGAAAUGUUAUUAUAAAUCCUUACAUAUCAUAGAGUAGAAAUAGUCUUUAUUCAAAUAUGUUUGUUUAGAAGCUCUUUUAAAUUUUCAUUUUUUUUAAGACUCUACUGCUGGGUUCAACAUGUUGUUAUCUGGUGUGAAGUGCUAUAAAAUAACCAGAGGGAGUCUUUGUACAAAAGUCGAUUGCUUGGGUACCUCUGUCUCAUUCGUGUUUCAACUGUAAAGCAGUUGUGUUUGCAUGACUGUGUUUCGGUUUUGAAGAGUGGGAUAUGGCAUGAAUUUACUGGGUACAGAGGAAUAACACCUGAGUCCUCAGGAAUGGCAACGCAUGGGAGGUAUCAUGGGCGAAACAGUAUACUCUGUUAUGUCCAUAAUACUGCUCAUGUCUAUAGGCGACGGUUACCACUUUCCAUCAGGUGGGCCGUCAGCUUGUUUGUCAUUCUAAGUUGUAUAGAAAAAAAAUUACCGAUCAGUUGUAUUGGCUGAAACUUUAUGAAGGUAUUAGGUAUGUAACUAUCAUUUAAGUAUUAUAAAACAAUAUAAGACCGGAUCCAUGGAGAGUUCCAACGGGGAUGAUAUACGGGAACUACAUAGAAGCGUGCAACGCCGCGGGAAAUGACUAGUUCGAAAUAUAAAUCGUGCAGUCACAAGACCGAUCUAAUCGGAAGUGCAAGAGUUAACUCUAUCCCCAUUUUUCCUUUUUGUUGGGAAAGUUGUUAAGUUUCAUGAAUAAUAAAUACCGCUGGGUUUUGGCUUGUCAUAUCCUUUCUUUUACAUCCCUCGAUAUAAGUAUCGGACAAAUACUAUUUAUUAUAAAUUUUUCUUUUUAUAUUUCAUGUAAAUAGUAAACAUUUUUAAUACCUAUUUAUCGAAAUACAUAACAGGGCAUAAAAUAGAUAGAUAAAAUCAAAAGGUCCAAUAAAACUUAAUAAAUAAUAUUAUGGCAAAUUGUAAUUAUUUAUGUCGGUUUUACAUUAUAUUUUAAAACGUGCUACUCGCGACACGGUGUACCGCGCUCAUGAAAAAGGGCUCCUAUUUAGUUUGAAACCAGUCGGAUAUCUUUGAACUUAAAAAUGUGAAUAAAACAGACAUGAAUAAUUACAGUAUGACUCACGAUAGUUAUUAAAGCAAAUUGUUACUUUUUAUCUAUUUUAUUUUUCAAAUUUUUAAAAAAUUCUUUUAAAAUAGAUAUAAUAAUGCUAAGAUUGUUUUUGAAAAUGUGCCGAAUUUAGAAAAAACAUAUUGUAAUCGUGAUGAUAUAAAGAGAGAAAAUAUAUAUAAAAAAAAUUAGUGUCACAAAACAAGACUGUUCUAUCCCACGUCCUAAACGAAAUCUGUACAUAAGUAAACAAAUUAAUAUAUUGUACAUAAUUGUAUAAAAAAUUUAACUAAUACAGGUGCUAUACGACAUUGUAAGUACGUUUAUAUAUGAUUAUUAUAUAUAUAUAUA